AUGCCUGCGCCACUAGCGAAAGGCUCCGGCUCCCGCGCUCGUUCAAAAUCUCCUAUCUCUCAUACCCGUCGUGCCCCGCGGAGGCCUAACCAUCCGUUCCCAAUAGGCCUCAUUAUAGCCGCCUCGGUCAUCGUCGCCGCCGGCAUCGCCAUCUACGAAUCUCCCCAGGUUCGACAGUGGGUCGACCAGUCCCGUCGCAAGAUCGCCGUAGCGCUGCACUCUCUGGGCGACGAGAUACAACCCCGCCGCCCGUCCGAAUCGUCCGAAGAUUUCGAUGAGCGCAAGCGCCGCCAAAGGGAGGAGAUUAUUAGGUGGAAUCGCAAUGACUUGAUAAAGCGCGCGCGAGAGGAGGGGAUCGCUGUAGAUCUGGAUGAGCUCGCACGCAUCGGACAGGAAGACGUUGAGCUGGCGGAGCGUAGACAGCGCCGAAAGACGAAUGCGAGCCAGAAGAGCUUCGACGACCUUGUAGGCAGUGAUGGCAUGCUCAAGAAAGCCGGAUCUACUGCGCAAACGGCUACCGGCAACGAUGCAACGAGCGGUGCACUCCGACACCGCGGCGUGGCUGGCUUUGCGGCUGGUUCAGUUGCUGCAGCUACUCUCGUGAAUCCCUUCUCCGACGACCAAAUACUAUUCGACCACGACGAAGACGAAGCCCACUCACCGCAACCAUUCACCUACACCGAGCCCAACACCCGCGAGAGCUCCGCCACCAUCGAAGGUUCGCCCACUGCCUCUCCCCAUACUGCCCAGCUCAUCGACCUCACCCCCGAAUCCGUCUACCUGCACCCCGAGGACCCCCAAACAGCGUCCAUCCCCGCCUCUGCAGCUCCCUCCGAAGCCGGCGACCAGAUCGCCCAAUCAUUCUACUCCUUCACAUCCGAAGCUCGCUCCGACGACGAAGCCGAAAUCAUAUCUACCGGGACCCUCACCCCGCGCUCCGACCGAUCCGGCGACUUCACAGGCGCGUCUAUAGUCGGUAGCCAAGCCGACGACAUCGCUAUACUGAGCAUGCAGAACGACACAGACCACGAUGCGCGCUCUGAAAUCUUCUCAGAGUCUGGCUUCACCGAGGCUGGAUUCUCGGAAGCAGGGUUCAGCGAAGUGGGAGAGAACAGGGGUAUCAUGACGCCGUCGAGCUGGACAGAUGUAGGCAGCGACGAUGAGAGUGAGUGGGGUGGGCCUGCGCAUGGUGGACACGUGAGUCAGGUGCAGCAAUGA